AUGAAGUUUCAUCUCCACGUGGUGGACGGCAGCGCCCCGGCCCGCGGGGGUACGGCGCCGUUCCCCUCUCCGCCGACCGCGACGGAGGCGACGCAGGCGACGGCGGUGAUGCUAUUUGCCCACAUGACGCUGCGGUGCGGUCACCUGAGUGAUGUGUUGGCCGUGAGCGCCAGCACAACACCCGCCCUCGCCCGGGCAGCGGCGCUCCAGCCGCAACAGAACCAGCUCCACUCUAGCGCCGCACAGCUGGGCAACGCCGAUACCUCGGUGAGCGAGGACACUCAGGUGCUGCAGAUGGCCGGCAAGCUGCUGUGCGGGGUCAUCGACAACGGCGCUGCCGCCGGCCUCCCCUAUAUGGACAUGGACGGCGGCGAUGCUCGCAUAACCCCUUACGCGUACUUCAACUCCUCUUUCUCCGAGGCAGAGCAGUCACUGCGCCGUGCCGUGUGCAUCUUGGCGGAGAGCGGUACGGCGGCGCCGCCACCAUACUUCGACCUCAUCGCUACGACAGACAUGGCCACGUUCGACUAUAUCAUUGAGUACUAUCAGCAGCAGCGCGUGCGCCACGGCGGUGCUGUGACGAAGGGCAGGGGCACAAAGCCGGUCGGCGUGAUGCACAUUGUCGCCGACGAUCCGUCCAGAGCGGCGCUUGUGUUGCAGCGCGUUGUGGAGCUGAUGUUGAAGCGCAGUGGUUGGACCUUCUCCGUUGAUGCGCACGCCGCAGCGGAAGAAGAGGCACUCGCUGCGCAGACGGAGGAAGACGACGAUGACGAUGACGAGGAUGGCGGCGGCGGCGGUGGUACGGCUGGCGGCCGUGGCGGUGUUGUGAGUGCCGGCACCGGCGGUGGCGGUGUGCAAGCCGGUGCCCGCAGCGGCAGUGCCGACAGCUGGGUGAAUCACAUUGAUGAGGCGGUACAUCUCUUCGCACAGCUGUUCGGCGUGGACGUUUUGGUGGCCCUUGUGUAG